AUGGCGGACGUCGACACCCCCGUCACCCUGCGAACUCGCAAGUUCAUCCGUAACCCCCUGCUUGGCCGUAAGCAGAUGGUCGUUGAUAUCCUCCACCCCGGCCGCGCCAACAUCUCCAAGGAUGAGCUUCGCGAGAAGCUCGGCUCCUUGUACAAGGCCACCAAGGACCAGAUCAACGUCUUCGGUCUCCGCACCCAGUUCGGUGGCGGCAAGACCACUGGUUUCGCCCUCGUCUACGACUCCCCCGAGGCCAUGAAGAAGUUCGAGCCCCACUACAGACUGGUCCGCGUUGGCUUCGCCAGCAAGAUCGAGAAGGCCAGCAGACAGCAGCGCAAGCAGCGCAAGAACCGCCAGAAGACCCUGCGCGGAACGGCGAAGGUCAAGGGUGCCAAGAAGAAGAAGGAAUAA